AUGGAAUUGGACACAUCCAAAUAUUUUCUCCAAGCUGCGCGCCUAACCGAAGAAGAUAUUCACAAACCGGUUGUGUACACCGCCGCUGCAACCGAUGAAUUCUCUUCUAUCGGGCCAGAAGAUGCUCUUGAAGACAUAGUAGCCGAAUUCCGGGAAGAAGAAGCGAAUGCCAAAGCACAAGAGCGCAUUGUGACGUUGGGCAAAAUUGUUCAACUGCAUCAUUUUGCACCUACAGUGGAUGAAUUUUUUCGCUCUUACUUAUUGCGUAACGAUUUUCGGGAUACACUGAAUUCGUUUCAGAUUGAAUGGUUCAAAAAACUGCACAAAGGUCAACUGGAUGUGGAUCACUUGGAAGCAGUGCCACAUAUUUACGAACAGAACGAAAAAUUGUCAGAUAACCUCUCUCGACUCCAAAAGGAAAUUGAAGCACUACGAAUAAAACUAGAAUCUACAGAAGAAUCUAAAAAGAAAAUCCAAAAUGAACGUGAUUAUCACAUGCUGAAGCAUCGGAGGCUGGCACAAGAGAAAGAUCAAUUGAUUGGAGAACUGAAAAGGAGAAUCAAUCCUUUGCUUGAUCGUCUCAAAGCCACAUCCCCGGGUCUUUCACGCCUAGUGAAUAGAAAACUGAACGAGAACAUUCGAGCUCACGAGUCUGCAUGUACAAGUGUCACAAUUCACACCGAACAACCAUGGCUAUGCACAACCGGUGACGACAGAUCGUGGAAAAUGUGGUCUACAAACACCGCAGCUCUCUUGGUCGACAAAUCCAACGCACAUGAUAGUUGGAUUGCCACUGCGGAUUUUCAUCCCACAGACGAACUAAUCGCAACGGCUAGUGGAGACGGUAGUGUGCGACUAUGGAAAUUUGAGCUUACUCCGGAAGAUUCAUUGCCAGAGGAAAAUAAACACACGGACAAUAAAUCCGAAAUACCCGGAAGGACUACCAACAUGAAAGAAGCAAAACACGUAGGUCUGCUGAAACAUCAUACCGGUGCUGUGUGGUCCGUCAACUGGCAUUGGGAUGGUAAAAUUUUAGCCAGCGCCGGAUUAGAUAGCACCGUGUGUCUGUGGGACACGACAAUCGCUUCUAGUGACGGUAUGCCACGUUCGAAAGCCUGCCGUGCCACACUCCGAAAACAUUGUGGGUCCGUCAACUCGGUUCGAUUUCUGCCUUGCGGGAAUAUCUUGGUAUCAGCUUCUACAGACCGAUCUGUAUUGCUGUGGGAUGCACGAACGGGCAUCAAUGUGCAUACGUUUUUGGGGCAUCAAAGCUCUGUCAGUUAUGCCGUAUUCAAUCAGCAAGGGACCUGCAUUGCCUCAUGUGAUAGCUCCGGAGUAAUACGAUUCUGGGACUUGCGACAAGCUACUGCCUUGGCCAGUUUUAUUCCCCAGCACGAGGUGGACGGUUCUUCAUUGUUGUGCGCUCCUACUGUGCUGGAUUUGACCAAAGGACGUAAGAAACGAUUGCAACUCAGUGUGAAUCAAAUCAUGUUUGAUUUAUCGGGGGACUAUUUGGCUGCAGCGUGCAGUGAUGGUCGUGUUUGCUACAUUGAAGUACCCACGGGACAGAUUUCAUCGUUAUUUGCUCACGAGGAUGCAGUGCAGUCGGUCGCGUUUGACCUGAAAACGAAUAUUCUCUAUUCAACGUCAAAUGAUGGACAUCUUUGUUCGUGGAACUAA